CUCUCUCUCUCUCUCUCUCUCUCUCUCUCUCUCUCUCAACCCAUCUCCUAUCUAACAUCUUAAUUUUUCAAUUGGUCGGCUUGACUUUUCUCAUCUAUCUUGUACCUCUCCCUCAUCAAACCACAAGAAAUUUUAACAGAAUAUCCAAUCUCUGUAUCAGCAACAAAGAGUUUAGAAAGCGUCAUAACUAAUUUGGUCUUUAACAUGAGGCAUGGUGAAAGUAUCGAAUACUACCUAGUUCUAGCCCUUCUUUCAUUAGCCAUCUUCAUCUUCAUCCUCUUAGUUAUCUUCAUCAUAUGGAAGAGCAAGAAGAACGCAAACUCAAAUGAGACAGUCCACAAUCAAAGAUCCGAUGAAGAAAGUCCUUCCAUCAAGCUUUGCGCAUCACCAUACACGUUAGUAGAAAUCGAUGUUGCCACAGAUGGAUUCAACGAAAGAAGAAUCAUUGGUAAAGGCAGGUUAGGAACUGUUUACGCAGCAGUGUUAGCAGGAGGUGAAUUAGUCGCAGUCAAACGAAUCCACCCUCGUUUUGUCCUAAGAAAUUGUGGUUCAGGGUUAGGGUUUUCUUCCAUUUUAAAAUGGCUAUCUUUAGCUAAUCACCCUAAUGUGUUAUCCAUAUUAGGGUUUUCUGAAGGUCCUGGAGAAAGAAUCGUCGUAAUGGAGUUUAUGGGCAUGAUGAGUUUGGACUUCUACCUCCAUCAAAACCUUGAUGGUGCAUCGUUAUUGGACUGGGGUAGACGGUUAAGAGUUGCAGCCGGUGUGGCUCGUGGGUUAGAGUAUUUGCAUGAACUAAUGGCACCAUCUAUAGUGCAUGGUUGUGUCAAGCCUUCAAAUAUCUUAAUAGAUGUGAAGUUUAGCGCCAAGAUUUGUGAUUAUGGUCUAUCUUUUUUAGCACCCAAUGAGAAAGAAGGGAUUGUGGGGUAUGUGGAUCAAGAAUAUUGGCUUGAACCAAGGGGUGGUUCUAAAGAAAGUGAUGUGUACGGUUUAGGGGUGGUUUUGUUAGAGUUGUUGAGUGGUAGGAGAAGUGAAGGGGGGUUGAUUGUAAACUGGGGUUUGCCAUUGAUUAAAGAAAUGAAAAUGGGUGAGCUUUUAGACCCAAGAUUAAUGGUUCCUAGUGACAUUAAGCCUCUUGUUAGAUUGGCUAAAGUGGCCAGUGCUUGUGUGGGCAACUCUAGGAAGAACAGGCCUUUGAUUGUUCAAGUGGUGGCUAUUUUGAAUGAUUUACAAGAAGAAGCCGUGCUAUUGAGUAAUGGGUCAUUCUAGAAUUAAUUUUUGAAUUGUUAUAUCAUUUCUCUAAUUUCUAUUGAAUUUCAUUUGUAUAGAUAUGUCCGAUUAAUAUUAUAAAUGGUCGUUAUAAUACUCUAUUUUGCAUUAAUAGUUAAAAUAUAUCUACUAAAAGGAAGAUGUGGGUUGGUUGUUUACCCGAUUUCAUGUUUGGU